UUUGACCGCCGCCUCCCACCAACAGUCUCGGUCAGAGCUUCAUCAACCCUUCCACAACUCGCCAUUAAACAAAGAACGAAUGCUGCAGCUACCGCCGUUCUCCUUUCUUGACCUGAUCACCGCCUCCUACCCCGUGGUGCAAGCCCAUUGAUUCCUCUCCAGCUCCUACCGCCAGCAUCGCAUGAAGUAUAUAGGCGAGACCAGUCCAGCCGGAGAUCAGCAGGAAGCAGCCAGGAAGAAGGUAGCUAGAUAGCCAGCUCUAGUUUCUUGGUGAAACUCGGCUUCGGUUUGCUCCGGCCGUCCAGGAUGGCGCGCGCUGAGUGAAGCAAAGCGGCAGGGGUGCCGAUUUACACUCUUCUGAAGUUUUCAAUACCACCCGGCUUGACGGAAUCAACAACUUGACCUGGUCCCUGAUGGAGGUACAAAUGGCCAUCCCCAACAAAGGUGCCAAAUCGAUUGGAGCCAGCACGGCUCCUCAUCGCAGCAGCGGCGACGCCAAGGCCGUCCCCAACUACCUCAGGCCAUCAACCGGCUCCUGCCACCAUGUCUGCAAGUACGGCGGCACACACACAUUUGAAGAGAAAGAGGCACACAAGGCCCAACCGAGACCUCGGAAGCAGCCACCGGUUCCAGACAACCAGAACAAGAUUCUGGUCAAGGUGCGGUCGGUGUUCCGGAGACGUGUCGGCGAUUCCAGCAGAGCUGAGAAGGCCGAAAAGGCGGCCUUCCGCAAGCAGAAGGAAGUUGAGAGUGUGGAGUGGAAGGAUAUUGUGGCCUAUGAUACUGCUCCAGCUCAUGGAUCAUCUCCACAGCCUCAUCAAACCUUGGCCCAAAUCACGGGUUCGAGCGAUGUCAAGAAGAAGGAUGCGAUGAAGGGGAAGAAGUCAUAUGACAGGGCCAAGAUCACUGAACAGGUGAAGGUCUCGACGGAGCCUCAUGGCGCCAACAGAGCAGCUUCACCUCCUCGCAAGAACACGAGCACUGACACUAAGAGCGUAAAGCCUCCAAAAGGGAAGAAGCCUACAGCAUUGCUCGUCGAGAAGAAGGCUGUUGAUCAAGAAAUUCUUCAUGGGUAUCGAACUCUUUCUCCUUCUCUGAUACAAAGCCGCGCAAGCCUUUUGCGCGAUCUCGAAAAGGAAAUGGCUCGCGAAGCUACCGAUGUGAAAGAAGAAAGAACCACCUACUCUCUUGAUCAAGAAGAGUAUGCUGCUGCUGCUGCUGAAUCAAGCAGGCCCAUUCCAGCGCACCGAAGGGUGAAGAGCAUGAGCAUCAGCAGCCGAUCCGUGCGGUUCCCGUUCGCCCGACAAGCGAGCAAGAAUUCCGCCACCUUCAAGCUGCGCUCCAAGAGCAGCAAAGGACCAAUCCUGCCAUCCGAAGAGGAGAAGCCCGCAAGGCUCAAGUCCAGAAGGGGGGCAGUGACCGGUGAGGAUCACGGCAGCACUGGCAGAGGCAUUCAGCUCAGGAUCAGGAGCCUUCGGAGGCGAGGGGUCGGCGGUUCCGGUGGCGCGAGCACCGGUUUUGUCGUGCCAGCAGUGGCGCUAAGGCAUCAGAAGACACUGGAAAAGAAGAGGAGCCAGAGGCUGUACAACAACCUGAUUGAGGAGACGGCGAGCAAGCUCGUGAAGACGAGAAAAAGCAGGGUGAAGGCCCUGGUGGGGGCUUUUGAGUCUGUCAUCUCCAAGAUUUCAAAGUAGGAAUCAGCAACCAUAUGUAGUAUAUGCGGUAUAGAGUUUGUCAUGAAAUUUUUGUUGCUCUCGAAUGGGUGCUUGCUUGGUAUAUCCCUAAUGGAAUUGUUGCUUAAUAUCUCAUGUUCAGUCACUCAACGCUGAACUCGGGACUUUGUGCAGAGAUGUAUUGACUUCUUUGUAAAUUUUUGUAAUCAUGCAUUCAACCUGUUUGUGGCAGUGUCGAAAACAAGUUCAGUUCUCGUACACAAAAACUUAAUUUUUUUCUUCCUAUUA